AUGAGAAUGAUGAAGAAUAAACUUUAUAAAUUUGGAGAAAUAAGAGAAUAAAUGGUAAGGAACUAUUGGAUAAAGCAAAUUAAGAAUGUAAAAGCAGAUCCUUGGGGAAGAGGGGAAAUAAUUUAUAGAAUAAGAGAAACAAAGAAAGGAAGAUAAUCAAACAUCGUAAAGAAGAUAAUAAUGUUGAUUUAGGUAACUUAGAAUUAGAAGAUGCAUAUUUGA